UGAAAUGAGACGUGCUAGUCUUUCCCAAGUACAGUUACUCUCACAUGGAAAUUGCCUUCUUCCCCUUUACUCUUUUGUUUUUUUUUUGUUAAUUGUGUACUAGGAUUGAUGUUGGGAGGGAAUCUUUCAUUAAUGCGAGUGAUGUAACCUUGAAUGGUUCACAAAAUUUCUUCCUUUCUGUCAUCUAAUUAUCUCCUGAAUUUCUUCUCAUAACCUCUCCUUUAAAUCUGAUGAUGCGUUUGAGCAACCUCUCAUCACUACACUGAGAAACCAAAGUAAAAGAUUCACAAGAGUGAGCUACACAGAGAGAGUAACGAUGGAUGAUCAUGAAAGCCCUCUUUUGUCCAAGGAGUCAUCAUCGUCGUCAUCAUCAUCAUCCGUGGUGGCUUCCUCGUUUAAAUGGAUUCUGAAAGUUUUAAUGUCCGUGAUUUUCGUUGCAUGGGUUGUUUUCCUUUUUGUGUACCCUGGGAAACUCGGCGAUGGAAUUCUUACAAAUUGGAGAGCUGUUUCUUCCCACACUCUCUUCGGCACCACAGGAAGCAUGUUCUUGAUUUUCAGUGGUCCGAUUCUUGUUAUCUCCGUCUUAGCUUCUCUCUAUCUGAUCAUCUCCGGAGAAGAGAAUGUGUUCACUAAGAAGAAGAUAUCGAAAUUCCCAAGGUUCAGGCUGUGGACAUUUCCUGUUCUUGUGGAUGGGCCAUUUGGAGUUGUUUCUGCAGCUGAGUUUCUUGGAAUUAUGAUCUUCUCUGUCUUCUUCCUCUGGGCUAUCUAUGCAUAUACCAUGAGGGAUCUUGACCUUCUUGAUCUCUUCCAUGUGCUUCCCGAGGAUAGAAGUAUGCUUCUGUUGGAGAUAACGGGUCUGCGUUUCGGGAUGAUUGGACUGUUGUGUAUGGUGUUUUUGUUUCUUCCAAUCUCGAGAGGCUCCAUUCUCCUCCGUCUUGUCGAUAUCCCUUUCGAGCAUGCUACAAAGUAUCACGUUUGGCUUGGUCAUAUCACCAUGGCUUUCUUCUCCUUUCAUGGCCUCUGUUAUGUUGUUGCGUGGACCGUUCAAGGUCGACUUUUAGAGCUUUUAUUCGAGUGGAAAGCUAUUGGAAUCGCAGUGUUACCUGGAGUUAUCAGUCUUGUAGCGGGUUUACUUAUGUGGGUUACAUCGUUACAGUACGUGAGGAAGCAUUACUUUGAGCUUUUCUUCUACACCCAUCAACUCUAUAUUGUCUUCGUCGUCUUCUUGGCACUUCACGUGGGUGACUACUUAUUCAGCAUAGUUGCUGGAGGAAUAUUCCUUUUCAUUCUCGACCGUUUCUUGAGGUUCUGCCAAUCCAGAAGGACUGUAGAUGUAAUCUCUGCAAAGAGUUUUCCCUGCGGGACUUUAGAGCUCGUCCUUUCGAAACCACCGAAUAUGCGAUACAAUGCACUGAGUUUUGUCUUCCUCCAAGUAAGGGAGCUAUCAUGGCUACAAUGGCAUCCCUUCAGUGUUUCAUCAAGCCCUCUAGAUGGGAAGCAUCAUGUUGCCGUUCUCAUAAAGGUUCUUGGUGGAUGGACUGCAAAGCUUAGGGACAAGUUGUCAAAGCUAUACGAGGCAGAGAACCCAGAUCAGCUCCUUUCUCCUCUGUCAUAUCCCAAAAUCACAACUUGCGUGGAGGGCCCUUAUGGCCAUGAAUCUCCAUACCACCUGGCGUACGAGAAUCUGGUCUUAGUAGCAGGAGGAAUCGGGAUUUCGCCAUUUUUCGCCAUCUUAAGUGAUAUCCUACAAAGAAAAAGAGAUGGGAAAGCUUGUCUACCAAAGAAGGUUUUAGUUAUCUGGGCAAUCAAAAACUCAGACGAGCUCUCUCUCCUCUCAUCGAUCGACAUUCCUUCCCUUUGCCCUUCUUUCUCUCAGAAAAUGAACCUUGAGAUUAACAUCUAUGUCACAAGACAAUCCGAGCCUCUCUUGGAAGAUGGAAUGGUUCACAAGAUGGUGAAUCCUUCUGUGAAGCCAAGGAGCAACGGGUGUCCCAUGUCGGUAUUAGUUGGUACAGGGGAUAAUAUAUGGUCUGGACUCUAUCUGGUAUCAUCCACCAUCGGGUUUGUUUUAAUGAUCACAUUGUUGGACAUCUUUUACAUAAACAAAUUCAACAUAACGGCGUGGUGGUACAAGGGACUUCUUUUCGUGGUUUGUAUGGUUGCAAGUGUGUUGAUUUUUGGAGGUCUUGUUGUUGUUUUCUGGAAUCUUUGGGGUGAAAAAGCCGGUGAUGUAGAACCAAAUGGCCACGACAAGGUGACUACGAAUGGAGAAGAACUACAUAACCCAUCUGCGGAACUUAAAGGCCUUAACACAGAAGACGAUAUUCAGAGUUUCAUCACUACUCGUUAUGGCACGAGACCUGAUUUUAAAGAGAUAUUUGAGUCAUUGAAUGAGAAAUGGGGAAGUGUUGAUGUUGGAGUUAUUGUAUGCGGACCGGCCAGUCUUCAGUCUACCGUUGCCAAAGAGAUACGUUCACAUAGCAUCUGGCGAUCCACGAAUCAUCCACUUUUCCACUUCAACAGCCACAGCUUCGACUUGUAACUUUGCUUUCAAGGCUGAAGAUAAUUAUGUAAUCAAUCUGUGGAAUCUAAAAGAAAAAGUAUGCAUAUGUAUGUAAUAGCAGUCUGUAUGUAUUAAGGAUACAGCUAUGGGGAAUAUGUGACUUUCUAUUUUCAUGUAUAAUUAUGCAAAUAUAUGAGCUUCUUAUAUUGUACUAUUAGAUAAUAACCCGUGCGCAAGCGCGGAUAAGUUUUUAUAAUAGUGUUUAUUUAUUAAA